AAUCCCUGACAAUAAAACGUGUAGCUUGCUACACAGCCAAUGUUUCGAUCUUGGGUUCAGGCUAUAUAGCCUACCGAAAAAACAUUCGACUGGACUGAGAUACCGUCUUUAACAUUCGGUGAUCCUACGGAAUUAAAUGGCUUUGCAAAGGAGUGCAACGUUUUUAUUCCUGGCUUGGCCUUGCUUUGCGUUUGCUACAUCGGAAUGGGAGUGCAUUUCCGCAUUUGCGACUAAACCAAACUUCGAAGACGCAGAGGUAAAUUGUAAAGAAGGCAAGGAUGUAGUACAUGCAGAGUUAGACGAUCUUGAAUUCCAGUCGCAAUUUGAGGACCCAGAUAACUCCAACCAUUUAGCGGUCAAGUGCAGUGAAGAUGCAUUUGAAAUCACGCUCCCAGCUGGUCCAUUAAGUGGAGUCAGGAUUUUGGGUUCCAAGAAGACACUCCAUGUUCUAGAAGCCCCAGAAUCUUGUGGGUACUCGCUAAGACGAGGGAAAAAACUCAAUAAAUUGACUGUCCGCUUUUCGGGCUGUCUUGUCAGUUUUCAGGACGGGCAGCACAUUUUGAGGGUGUCCUAUGUGAAUGAGGCUGGCCUACUGGAUAUUUCAGAUGCGUCAUGUGCUGACUAUAGUCACCUGGUCCCUAGCGACGUUCAUCCUAAACCCCGUGUUCUGCAGGCUUCAAAGUUGUCACCCCCUCAUCCCUUCACUCAAAAUCGCACAAUUUCUCCAGUGGGAUGGGAGGGAAUUUCUGAGGGGACUUCCAAACACCACAACUUCGAUGACAUCUCUGAAGAAGUGACUUUCAGACACCACCACCUUGAUGGGCCUUCAGUAGAGGAGACCUUUAAACCCCACAACCUUGAUGACGAAGAGCAUGGUUAUAGAAAUGGCAAGGCUGUAGUGCAACUAGCUGAAGUCUCUGUCGUCCAGUCUGAAUUGGAGGCGGUGCCGGAGGUAACCAAUGUCUCCGUUACCAAUGCUGCCCCAGUCAGUUUAAUAGUUCUUUGCAGUGAGGAUGAAUUUAAAGUCACGCUGCCAGCCGGUCCAUUGAGUGGAGUCAAGAUUUUGGGAUCCAACAAUACACUUCCUGUUCUUGAGGCCCCAGAAUCCUGUGGGUACUCUCUAAGCCAAGAAGAGAACUACAACUCUUUAACUGUCCGCUUUUCAGGCUGCCUUGUCCGUCGUCAGGCUGGUCGACUCACGUUGAGGGUGUCUUAUGUCAAUGAGAGUGGCAUAGUCAAUGAAUCCAACAUCUCAUGUGCGUCUCGUCCCAAAUCGCCCGUGUCCUCUGCGGCACCCCUGGACCCCCCUGAUGUUCUUGAACCUCGUGCUCGGCCGGAAUCAAAGUUACAUAGUCCUUUUGCCAUCCCUCGCCCUCAAAAGCCCCUCUCAUCUUCUGGCUGCAGUAUUCCCCGUAGCCAGCAGGUACCUUGUGGCUACCGAUACAGUAGAAUCUCAUCAUCUCGGUGUUUGGCAAUGGGUUGCUGUGUGGAUUCAGCCACAUCCGCCUGCUUCUACCCAAUGGAUGAGUGCACGGCAGACAAACAUUUUGUCUUCAUCAUUCACCAUGACAUUGCCACUUUUCCCGUGGAUCCCGCCAACCUGGUGGUGGUUGGGAAGUCUAACUGUGGCCCAGUCAUUGUCAGCAACAAGUUUGCGGUCUUCAAGUUCUCUGUCACGCGCUGUGGAACUCACUCGUAUGAAAUUGGCGGGACAGUCAUCUACACAGCGGAGCUGCAGACUGCUGUCCGAACCCUUAACCUGAAGUAUGGCGUGAUCUCCAGAGACAACCUGCUCAGGGUCAUGGUUGAGUGCCGCUACCCCCGAGAAGAGCUGGGUUCCUGGCCGGCGGUAGUGCGUUUGGGAUACAUGGUGAAAAGCCCUAGUUUCAGCUCCCAUUCAAUGGUGAGAUCUCGGGGACUGUUUGGUGUCCAGCUCAGGAUUGCUCAAGACGGCAGUUACGACACCUACCUCGAACAGUACCAUCAGCCCCUGCAGGUCCUCCUUGGAAAACCUGUUUAUCUGGAAGUUCGCCUGAUGUCUCCGAGGCCAGAGGCCACACUUCUGGUCAACUACUGCCUGGCCUACCCCCGCUCUGCCACGAAGGCUCUGGUUCUCAUUCAUGAAGGGUGCCCCAACUCUCUGGAUCCCAAUAUCUCCAUCCUUAAAUUCCACAACCUACGGCAAAACCGCCACCGGCGCCGCUUCAUGGUCCAAGCAUUUCAGUUCAUGGAUCAGCGCAGCAACAAAUACCUGACUGAGGAGAUCUACUUCAUGUGUUCUACUGAAGUGUGUAUGCCCACCGAAAGGACCUGCAAACAGCGCUGCUUUGAUGGAAAGAUCUGAAUUGAAUCUUCUAAGGUGACUUCUUCAUGGGGAGAAGUCUGAUAUACUGGAAAUGUACAUGUACACUAUCCUGUUAUACUUUUCUAUUGUAAUGCAAGUUAGCUUUACUUUCUGUUUCAAAACGUAGUGUCCCUUUAGUAUUUGCAUUAAUGUUUUUAUGCUUAUUGAACUUCUGGCAGCUACCGCUUCAAUGUCAAACAAUGUGUUUCAUUGGAGGAAUCUAGAGAAUGUCUAGACUUGACCUGACAGGGUAGUCAAAAGCGCAGCGGUUUUGCCAGUUCGAACUAGGACCGUAUUAAAGGCUUUGUUCAUCCACAAUCUAUAUUAGGGUUAAGUUAUCAAAGUGUCUGAACGCUCAUGGUGACAGAAUCCCUGAUUUUCAAUGAUUUGUUUUUGACAACAGCCUGGAGUUGAUCAGAUUUAAUGAGGGGAAAAACUGGCAAUGUUAGCGAAGUUGCACCGCAAGCCACAACGUCCUCACACACUGUCAAGUGGGUACCUAUUCUUUUUCAACUAUAAAAGGUCACUGCCAUUACUACUGCAGUCCGUCUCACGGCCAGUACAGUAGUUCACAUACUUUAGUAGUCCCUAGCAAGCAUGUCUUUAGGAAAUGUGCUUUUAAUGACUUGAGACAGAACCAAACUAUGCGGUUAUACAUUCUGAACUGGCAACUGUUUUCCAAAUUCUGCAUCUCUAUCUCUGUAUUAAGCAAUGUAACAAAUGAGUGUGGCUGUAUUUACACCAUUUUUCAAUCAUUGGUCUCUUGACUGGUCUUUUGACCAAUCAAAGUAGCCCAGAAAAACCUGACCUAUCAACAUGUUUGGAUGAAAGACCAAUUACUGGAAACCAUUAUUUGUGCUGCCUCUGAAAUAAAGGCUUGUUUUCAGGCGGCACUCUGUUAGUCCAGAUGUAAAGUCUCAUGUAAUUUGUCAGUUGCUUGAUUAAAUUGUGGGUCUGUGUGUGUCUGAGAUUGGAACCAGACCGAAUUGCUCAACCCUCCCUCUUACCGGCAAGUCUAAUUAGAGUAGUCAACAAAGAUGUUUCCAAUUUUAGGUUGUCUAUGGUACAUUUAAUUUGUUUGGGGCUGUCUGUGGGUGGGGCAGUACUUGUAUGUUGGUGGGGCUCCUUAACAAGAUGGGGAUUGGGAAGGAAUGAUUUCUUGUUUUAAUGUUUUGUAUAUUUCGGGUCUGUUAUUUUUCUGUUCAGUUUAUAGCUCUAAAGAGCCACACCGUUGUUUAUUUCCUUGUGGAAUGCUUUGCCUGUGUGUUUAAUAAAACGUUUUGAAACAUGCUAA